AUUUGCCAUACCCUUGAUAUAUCAAAAACAAAUUGAGGCACGAGUUAAGAACAAAAUGAUUAUACUUGUUGGCAGUGAAAGGCAAGGUGCUAUAUUAAGACGUGAAAUACCGGAAGAUUAAACAGUCAUAUUGUAGACUUCGACCUUGAUUAACAUAAACCAAGUUGAUAAUAAAUAAUAAUGAAUUUAUUUAUUUAUGGAUUUAUGUCAUUGGCAUGUGUCCAAUGGACAACAGCAUCACCAUUGACCAUGUAUUUAUUUACAAAUAAUGGAAGACAAUUUACCUGGCCAUCAUCAUCAUCAUCGUCAUCAUCACAAUGGAGUCAAAUUGAACGAUCUGAUCAGACAACUCAAGCAACAUCACCGGAAGGAUAUAAUAAUGAUUAUGGAAAUAAUAAUCAAGGUGGCUUUGAGCCAUCAAAUCUUGAUAAUGGAAACACCAAUGAUUACAAUAAUUAUGAUUCAUCAUCAUCAUACGGUUCAUAUGAUAAUAAUAAUCAAAAUUUGGAGAGUGGCCAAGCUAGUGACAAUCAUAUUCAUACUAUUCCCGUGUCUGAACAUGUUCAAGUUACAAAACCAGUUGUAGUUCCAGUUUAUAAAAAUAUUGGUGUACCAGUUGCUCAGCCAGUUAGAAUUAAUAUACCACAUCCAGUUGCUGUUGGUGUAUCACAACCCUAUCCAGUGGCUCAUCCAAUAUUAAUUCCUCAUCCAUAUCCACUUGUUAAAACUGUAUCAGUACCUGUUGAAAGAAAAGUACCAUAUGCUAUUGAAAAACAAGUACCAGUUGCUAUUGAAAAACCAAUACCUUAUCAAGUUGAACGUCAUAUACCAUUUUUAGUUGAAAAACCAUUUCCUAUCAAAAUUCCCAUCACAAAAACAAUAUAUCAUUAUGCUAAAACUCAUAGUGAUUAGAAAGUA